AUGGUUAAUGCAAAUAAUUUGUUUGUAUUAGUUCUUAUAGCAUUUAUUUGCACCGUAAGAUCUGCUGGAAGUAUAUCAUGUUACCAAUGCAACAGUACUGACAUCAACUAUCAAUUUCAAUGUACAGAGACUAUGGACAAUAUAGGAAACCUACGCCCCACACCCUGUACAAAUCUUAACAAUGCUGCUUAUUGUGUGACACAUAUUGGCUUACACAACGGAGCACUUGAAGUUAGACGAUACUGUUCAUCUCAUAAUUUAGGAAAUUAUUGCAACUAUUUUAAACCCCCAGGCAAUGAAAAAGAAUAUAAAACAUGUAUUUAUACUUGCGCUGCUAGUGGCUGUAAUGGUCCAGGCGAACUAAAGUUAGCCAAAUAUAUAAAAAGUCUUCCUAUUUAUCGUUGGUUUAAAAAUCUAUAA